AUGCCACAUGCUGACUUGUCCAUGUUCCCUCCCGGGCAGUCCAAGGAGCAGCUUUACCAAAGUCUCCUCGAGAAUGCCCAGGCCCUCCUCGAAGACCAGCGUAACUGGGUCGCCAAUUGUGCCAAUGUUUCUUCGCUUGUAUGGCAUGGUUUGCAUUCUCUACCAUCGCCUUCCGAUAAGGUCAAUUGGGCUGGGUUCUAUGUCCGGGAUCGCAAGAAACCUGAGCAACUGAUCCUCGGGCCCUUCAUGGGCAAGAUUGCGUGCCAGACUAUCAGGCUUGGAAAGGGAGUUUGCGGAACAGCAGCAGCAACUGGCGAGUCACAGCUUGUACCAGAUGUGGAAGCAUUCCCAGGCCAUAUCGCAUGCGACGGAGAGACGCUGUCAGAAAUCGUGGUGCCUGUGAGAUCUGCAUCUGGCGACAUAGUAGGAGUUUUGGAUCUGGAUUGCGAGGAGCUCAAGGGCUUCGACGAAGUGGACCAAAAGUUUUUGGAGCACCUAGCUGAGUUGGUAGGCAAGGGCUGCGAUUGGGAGUAA